AUGGUUUAUGUAGGCGGCACAAAUUACCUAAUAAGAAUGAAAUAUGUUGAUAAUUUAGGCGUAGAAAAAAUAAGUUCAAGUUUCGGGGUGGAACAUAGUGGAAAUGAACUUUUAGUCGAAGGUACUACCAAGAAUGGUACCUAUGAAUUGAUUUUUGAUGCUGCUAACAAUAUAUUUAUUACAGUUACCAAUGCCGGCAACAAUAUUAAAAACUAUACUCAGGAUAGCUUAUUAUAUAUUGAUGAAAAUGGAAUUCCUAUAUUUUUAGAAAUUCCAAACCCAUAUCAAAACAUUAAAAAUAUAAUCAUUAAUGAUUUAAGAUUUUUAAACAAUAAUUUAAAUGUAACAUCUGAAGAUAAUAUGAAUAUUAUAUUUUUUUCAUCACCCACUUUAAAAAAAGAUACACCAAUGGCCUUUAGGAUUGAUGAUGAAGUUACAUUAGACAGUGAUCCAAACAGCAAAAAUGGAAUUUAUCCCAUUCAUUUUAAUGAAGUUCUACAGCUAUUCUAUGGCAAAUUUAUAGUACCAAGAAAUACAAUUAUGGGAAAUUUAAAUUAUGCAUUAAUAUUUUCUCAAAAUACUAUUUUUAAAAAUGGUGCAUUUGAAGCCCCAUUAACAGUAACUUCAACAAACUUUAAUAAUGAGGGUCCAAUCAUUAACUUUUUUUUUACCUAUGUUUUAAAAAACUCUAUUGUGUGGAGUGUCUACUUGGAAAGCUUUUCAAAUGGAGUCAAAUAUGGGCUAAUAAAAAUUAUGGGUCUCUCAGAUAAUUCAAUAUAUACUUUAAACAUAAAUAACAAUGGUAGUAACCUAGGCCCCAAUUUCAAUAUAACACAGGAACUAUCAACACCAUGCGUUUCACAAGAUUACAAAAUUUUUUAUAUGUACCUAGUUGAUGAAAAUAAUAAAGAGUCUAUAUAUUCAAAGCAAGGGGAUAAUAUUGCAACAAAGAACCCUUUACGUACUCGCUUAGAUAAUCAAUCCUUUUUAACUGCUACAUUCGUAUGUCCUGUCCCAACUGUAGAGCCCUCACUCCCCGUACUAUUAUCAUUUAAUAUUGAUAGAUCCACCGUAGAUGUAGGAAGUACCUCUAGAAAUGUUACUUUUACUUUUACUGCAGAUGAUGUAAACAGUGGAAUGUUACCAAAGCAAAAACCUAUAGUUUAUUUAAUUAGUAAAAAUUAUAAGCCAUUAGAAUGCGAAUCAAAUAUAAUUCCAACACAAUCAGGACCAAUGAUGUAUUCAUGUAAUAUAGAGCUACCAAUCGGUUAUGGCUAUCCCAAUAAAAUUUUUGCCUCUGUUUAUGGAUUUGUAAAUAAAGGUGGUUUAUUUAUGGGUCUCUCCACACAAGACCUGCUUUACAAACAAAUGCCCUAUUCAAUAUCAACAAGCUAUUCAUUCGAACCAAUUUUAACCAGUCAUGAAAAAUAUUUUUCACCAGGUGAUUUAUUAGUAUAUGGUAGAGUUUUAAAAGAUACCAAACUCAUUAAAAUCUUAUUGCCCAAUGGAGAACUAUUUUAUACCACACCAAAUAAAAUCAUAGGUUCAUCAGUUAUAGUUUUCCCAAUUAUAAGAGGUUUAAAAGAUCCAUUUCAAAUUAAAGCAAUACUUAAUUCAAACAAAGAGUCAAAUUGGUUAACUGUUAAUCCUAUAUUUUUUAACUAUUCCCUACCCACCCCAACUCCACCUGAAAACCCUAACAAAUGCUUUGGUUCUCCAUUAUGCGGUGGUAAAGAUCACGGAUAUUGUAGCAAUGAUUUAGGAUGCAUUUGCUAUUCACCAUGGGUUGGUGAGGAUUGCUUAUCAAAAGUAAUUAUAGUACCAAAACCACAGUUUAAUACAACUGACCCAACUAUAGUUAUUCCAAUUACCAAUAAUGAUGAGGUUCAAACAGAAGCAUUUUACAAAUCAUUGAUUUCACUAUAUGGUAUAAGAGAAUUCAAUAUUGAAAAAAGACCAAUUAAAACAUAUAUAUUUAAUAGUUGGUACUACUCACAAGUGGAUUCAGAUACAGGCCUAUAUAAAACUAAUAUUUCAAUAUUAUUAAAUUCUAAUGUAGAAACAAAUGCAACUAUUUCAACAACCAUCAAGUGGUUUGAAAAUCAAACAAUAAUUAACUUUGCAAAGCAAAAUUUAAUAAUGUACCCAUCAUCAAUUAAAUAUACCGUACAAGUCGAAAACUACCCAUUCGAAAGCAGAUUUAAUAGCUUGGAACUAAUAAUGUACACAUCAUUUGAAUCUUCUAAAGAUAAAGAUCUAUGUUCUUCAAAAGAAUUUAGUGAAUCACAAAGCUCAAAUUCUGACUUCUUAAAGAUACAAAUAGAAAACAAGUCUUUUUAUGGAAGAUUUAUAAAAAGAGCCAUAAUAGAUAAUGGAAAUAUUGUACCGCUUAGCAACACCUUGUUGGAUAUGUCGUUAAAUACAAUAGACUCACCCAAUCAGGUUCAAACAUAUAUAGGUAUAUCAAUUCCUUACUUUGAAUCAACAUCCAUAAUAGACCCCGAUUUUUCUGUUUUAGUAGAUAGUGACUAUGCCACAUCAUCCUCAUUAGGUUCAAGGUGUACAAUUAAUAAUGGUUUAUCAAAAACCCAAAUAGCUGGUAUUGUUAUUGCAUGUGGUGCAUUUGUAGCAAUCUCAUUAAUUGCAGUGUUAUAUGUUUUAUAUAAGAAAAAGAAAAACAAGCUAUUUAUGAUCAAUAUAGGAAACAAAUUAAAAAACUUUGAAAAUGAAAAUUAG